CAUUGAUUGAGUGCCAUGCAUGCUGUCUCAUUUUUCUUGUCUUGUACUACUCAAUUAACCCAUCAACAGCAUCCAUGAAUUCAUCGUUAGAAGCCAAGGCAGCGUCUUUCACUGCAGCCGUGUCGUCGUUUGUGGUCCUGAAUUGGGGUUCCCGUGACCAGGAGAUGGAAAUCCGAAAGAGACUGGGGUUGGCCAUUCCAAGUAGUAGUAGUAGUAAGACAUCGUACGUAGAGGAAGACCAGGAAUCGGUCAGUCUACUGUUCAACGCCCGCGUCGGUCAUUGCCGCUACGACAACCUGGAAAAACGAAAAGUCCUCGAGGGAUUUGGAGCCUUGAAUGAUCCCGCCGUGGUCCAAAAGUAUCCCUAUUUGUGCAGUACGGCUGUUUGUAUGGUCUUGCAAUUGCUCAAUACUACUACUACGGCAUUCACACGCGACGAAGCAGGUCAAAUUUUGAAUGCGGCGCCACAGCUCUACGACACGGACCGACUCACGUUGCGCCGGUACUUUUAUCUCCUUCUCAAGGAACUGGCGCCGUUGGAUCACACAACACGAAGCAAGAUUGACACGUUGGUGUGGAAAUCGUUGCGACGAGAUUGCAGGUACAGCAAAGUCGCCAAACAUCGGGCGUAUACCAUUCGGGUCAUGGCCACCAUCUUGUUGCUAAAAGAAAAACAACCACAGCAAGAACAACCACAGCAACACUCCAACAAUAACAAGAAGAAGAAUGAUAAUGAUACUGACGGCAAGCCUGCUGCUACCCUUCGCACUGGUAGCAGUAUCCAACAAUUCGAAACUCCCGUCAAACGCAUCCUCAAAUUACAUCCCUCCGAAAGUUAUUCGCCGAAAUGCACCAGUGCCGUGCUUGUAUCGGCCAUUCAUCUGCAACCGGUAUACCCAGAGAUUGUGCAAGGUUGGAGACAAGCUGCACUCUGUGCCCUCUAUUCCAGUCGAAACAACAUGGUCCAUUUCCAUGCAUUGCAGUUUCUUUUAUGUCUACGACAAGACCAACCAAACGACAACACAGAACAAGAACAAUCAUCAUCAUCAUCAUCAUCAUCGUGGAAAGAAACGAAACUAUUGGAAAAAUUGCACCGCCAAAAACUCGACAAUCAGUAUAUUUGUCCUCUUUCUUGGAUUACGUUGAUUCGAUAUACCACACACCACUUACUGCCCAUGGGGUCGGGUGCCUACUUUUUGACGGCCUGUCUCACCCAUCCAUCCGCAUUGGUCGCAUACGAAGCCGCUAGGGCCAUGAUUUGUUUCAUGGUCGAUCCACCCGAUGUGGUCGUCGAACGAGCGCUGGAAACGGCCGAGGCACUGGCGUUAUCGUCCAAACCUGCCGUGCGAAACGCCGGACGUGCAUUGGUAGAGGAAGGGAAACGGGUCUUGGCGGACAAGUCCAUUCAUCUGGAGGGACAGUGGAUAUAGACUAGUCGAAAGCGCAAAAGACAAGUCCACUCCACUCCACUAAAUUUGUGCUGGCAUGCUCCGGAGUGACCAACCUCGUGUAAUAAGAGAGAGAAGCCUGGUUGUGGAAGGCUCCCUACCCGCCGCCAACUUGGAAGAUUGUCACCCCUCAACCGAAUAGUGUCUUCCCAAUUUUGCUUCUUGUCCUUGGAAUCACAGACAUCAUCUCGGAGGUUGUCAUUUCUGGGAGUGGCUGUCGGGUAGAAACACACUUGGGUGGGUACCAGGUACCGGUACCGGUAGGGGAGCAUUUCCCGAUGGUGCACGCCGGUCGAUUGAAUAGAUCGAAUCGAUUCAUUCGAGAGGGGGUGAGAUCUAUCUGUACUCUUUGCUGCUCAACACAACACAACCAAUGCAUGCUCACUC